UGGAAUGAGCUUGAUGGCCCACCCCGCCUUCUGCAUGGCCCCAUCGCGCGCGAGAUUACACCCGUACACACAAGCUUUGGGCUAUAGCUCGCGCUUCAGAUUUUUUCCCUCCACCAUCCAACUCCAUCAAGAAUCAUGUCCAUUGUCUUGCCAGCCCUCUCGGGCCCCAAAACCCCCGCUUUCGAAUCCGUGAAGUCUUACACCGAGCCAGUCCGUCGCCCUGUGGAGCCUGUCGGUAGGUUUUUCUUGGCUCACGCCACCAGAACCUUGAGAGGCCACACUUGGUCUGAGUUCGAGAAGUUGGAGGCUGAAAGAAACGUGAAAACUGUGGAGGAAGACGAGGACGCCGACUUGGGGGACGAGGAGCAGUCUGCAGAGUUGUUGGCGCACGACCCAAGAGAGUGGAAGGAGGCUGAUUUGUACGCUGUGUUGGGCUUGUCCCAUUUGAGAUGGAGAGCCACCGAGGACCAGGUCAGAAGAGCUCACAGAAAGCAAGUGUUGAAGCAUCACCCAGACAAGAAGUCUGCAGCCGGCGGCUUGGAGCAGGACGACUUUUUCAAGAUCAUCCAGAAGGCUUUCGAGAUCAUCUUGGACCCUUCGAAGAGGCAACAGUUCGACUCGGUGGACGAGAACGCCACAGUCAAGCCACCCUCCGCCAAGAGCACGUACGACUUCUUCGAGGCCUGGGGCCCAGUGUUCGAAACCAACGCCCACUUCUCGAAGAAGCAGCCUGUUCCGUUGUUGGGCGACGCCAACGCAUCCAAGGAGGAGGUUGAUGCAUUCUACAAGUUCUGGGGCAGCUUUGACUCAUGGAAGACGUUUGAGUUCAAGGACGACGACGUUCCAGACGACACUGCCAACAGAGACCACAAGCGUUACAUCGAGCGGAAGAACAUCUCCAACAGAAAGAAGUUGAAGCAAGAGGACAACAAGGCCCUCAUUGAGCUUGUGUCUCGUGCGCAGGCCGAGGACCCCAGAAUCAAGGCCUUCAAGGAGGCUGCCAAGAAGGAGAAGGAAAGAUUGAAGUGGGAGAAGGAGGCUGGUGCCAGAGCCGAGGCUGAGAAGAAGGCCGCGGAGGAGGCUGCCAAGUCCGCCAAGAAGAAGAACAAGAGGGCCAUCAGAGGCGCUGCCAAGGACAAGGCUUACUUUGGCGACGAGUCCAGUGCCGCCACCAUUGACGCAGACCUUGAGUUGCUUCUCGAGAGCUUGGACGACGUCCAAUUGUCCGACCUCGCGGCCAAGGUUGGUGGCGAGCCUGCCGACGUCAAGGUGGCGAUCACCAACGCCUUUGGCGAGUUGACGGCUGCUGGCACUGUGAACGCCUCCCUCGUCAAGUACUUUUCCUAGACGUGCGAUGCGCUAAUUAGUGGCGAGUAUAUAGACAUAUAAUGGAAGCGGUCGCUGCCAGGGCUUAUCUCACACUAUGCACAUGAGCUCAGUUUCGAGGAGCGGAGGGAGGGGUUUCUGGCCAUAUUUGAUAUUGACUAUUGUAUGU